AUGGCUUUCAUGAGAGAGCAAGGUGAGCCGCGCCUGCGACUAGAUGUUGCCGUGCAAUACUACCAAAAGGCUCUCAACGCUUUCAGUGCCCUCUUGACAAAGCCCGAUUCGGCUCAUAGCGAUGAAAUCCUGGCUUCCAGCAUCAUGCUCUCGAGUUAUGAAAUGUUUGACGUGGUCGGGCAGAAUUUCGGCUCCCACCUCCGUGGCGUCGCCUCGCUUCUUCAACUCUGGCAGAUCACAGGAGAGUCAACGGGGAUAAAAGGCGUUGUUUACUGGACAUGGUAUCGGUCCGACACAUGGGCAGCGCUUCAUGCUGGACGACGCAUGUUCUUGGACGAACGCUACUGGGAACCACGUGCUGUCGAGUCUCUGGACCAGCUCUCCCCAGAGGAGAUCGCGAAUCGUGCCGUGUUUCUGCUCGGCCAGUGUAUAAGCUUCUGCAAUGACGACGUGGGACCAGAGACUCCGGAAACAGUGGGAGGGUUGGCGGCUACCCGCCAAAGAACGAGCACCAAACUCUGGGAUGCUCUCGAACAGUGGAAACGAAUGCUUCCUCCCUCAAUGACACACCAUGUCGUGGCUCAAGUGAUCCGCGACGAUCAAGAUGAGGAAGAGCAGGCGGAUCAGUGUUUGCGAGCUGUUUCAUCCAUGUUGUUCUUGUCUCCCCAUUGCGGUAAGUCAACACCAACCUUCAACAAAGGUCCAUAG